AUGAAACAAAAGAAACGACAAGAACAACGCUCUCCGGAAUAUGACUCAUUCCAUGAUAAACGUAGAUUGCUUUCGUAUUGGAAAUCAUUAGAGUCUCCUCCUACAGUUUCUGAGGAAAGUUUACAAGUCGACGACAUUAAAGAUGAUCUUUUGGUUGAAUUAAGAAAAUGCGUGUCAGAGUUGGAAAGUUUGGAUUCGGGAAUAUCAGGAACAGAACAUGGUGAAAUUAUUUCAUUGCAAUAUGAACAAAUUAGCCUUAUUGACCAGCUCAAAAGUUAUUCAGCGCUUACUUCUUUGGAAACGUUGGAUUUGAAUCAUAAUGUUAAUGGAAAGAAUGAUUCUUUGACUAAGCAAAGUGAAAGAGACGCAAUAAUUAAGGAAAACGAAAAACUUCUUCAACAAAUAAAAAAACAAGAGAAAGAGUACAAGACUACGAGGGACGAACAACAAAGAGAUAUUGAAAAACUAACUAGGAAACAAAAGACAGAUAACGAAGCAACAAUAGUUUCUUUACAAAAGGAAAUAAAAGUAAUAACAGAAUCACACAAAGCUGAAAUUCUGAAACUGAGUAAGAUUAACGAGCAAGUAACGCAAGAAAAUAGUGAACUUGCUGAGAAAGGCAAGGAAGCAACUGAAGGCCUGAAAAUUGCUCUUCAUCAGUUGUCUGAGGAAAAGAAAAUGAUACAAGGGCAAAAAAAAUCUUGGAAAAAUAUUCGAGAGAUGGAGCUUGCCAUUGACAGAGUUAAAAAGGAACGCGAGGCGUUUAGACAACGAUGUGAGAAAACGAACUCGUGCAUGGAAAACUGCAGAAAACUGGCACGAAUUUCUUCAAGAGAGUUUGUAGAUAGUGAAGAUGGACUUGCGGAGAAAUCCAAAGAAAGUAGCAGAAUUGCUCAACUCAAGAAAUACGUUCAUGUUUUAGAAGAAAGCAAUAAAGAAAAGAAUGAAACAAUCUUAACUCUUAGAAAAGAAAAUGCUCGAGCGAAUGAUAUCACUAUGGAAAAAUCUUUAGAACUUUCAAAGACUCGUCGAAUUUUAGAGCGGAAAAUUGAAAAAUUAACAAAUGAAAAUUCAGACCUCAAAAGGAAUAUUGUUAUCAGGUCGAAUUAUAGUCGUAAGAGUCAAAAUACUCCGGAAGCUAAGGAAGGUUUGUUGACACAAAAACAAGACAAGCCUUUUGAUGAAGAAAACCGUCGGCUUUCUAACCCGGAACAUUGGGCAAUUGAGGAAGCUGAACGGCAACAUCGAGAGAAAAAUCAGAUUCCCUCGUCCGAGCUAAAGACAACGGCAGGCGACGCUUUGGAAACAGGUAAGCCUAAAGAAGUUCCACCGAGAAAAAGAAACACUGGGAAGUUCAUUAGAGAAGGUUUCAUACGACACAGUGCUGACUUAGGAAAAUUGAUGUCUAGAAGUGAACCGUUUAUUCAUCGUAAAUUAAACAGUGACGUCAUACAUGAUGAGAAACCAGCGACAAUAUUUGUAAACAAAUUCCGCAAGAAGAGCGAGGAUGAAGAACAUUGGGUUUGA